AUGCAGCACAAUAUAUUCACUACAAUGCGCAGCUUGAAGAUCAUGGAUGGGUGUAAGGGCACCCAGGUUUUCGCCGUUAAUCCAACCGGAGCCACCCCCACCCAGACCAAUGCGGGUGUAGCGGACAAGGUUGCUCAAAGCGCUCACAGCCGGGUCAACUCGGUCCGAUCCAGAUCGAAUUGGAGCUUCCAAGCCCCGAACCCGACCGGAAACAAUGCCGUGGUCGACAGUCUUCUUCCUUACGGGCUCCCCUCGUCGGAUCUCAUCGAGCCACAGAUCGAGCCCUGCCUCAAGUCCGUUGAUUUCGUCGAGACGCUGGCCGAUGUGUACCGCAGGGUUGAGAAUUGCCCGCAGUUCGAGAAGUGUAAGAUGUACGUGGAGCAAUGCGCGAUCUUACGAGGCCUGUCGGAUCCGAAGCUGUUCCGGCGGAGUCUCCGGUCGGCCAGGCAGCACGCGGUGGAUGUCCACACGAAGGUGGUGCUGGCGGCGUGGUUGAGGUACGAGAGGAGGGAGGACGAGCUGGUUGGCUCGUCUUCAAUGACUUGUUGCGGGAGAAAUGUUGAAUGCCCGAAAGCUAGUUUGGUAGCUGGUUAUGAUCCCGAGUCUGUUUAUGACUCGUGCGGCUGUUCUGGCAGCCGCAGCGAGGAAGCUGAUGGGGAUGUGGAUGGUGAGACGGCGGAGGAGGAAUGCUCGACAUCAAAGGAGGAUGAAGAUGAUGCUGAUAUGUCGUUUUACAUUGGAGAGGAUGAGAUUAGGUGUGUUAGAUACAAGAUUGCGUCGCUGUCGACACCCUUUAGGACAAUGUUGUAUGGGGGGUUUACGGAGACGAGGAGGGAGAAGAUAAAUUUCACACAGAAUGGGGUUUCUCCAGAGGCAAUGAGAGCAGUGGAGGUGUAUAGCAGGACUGGGAAGUUGGAUUCUUUCGAAGUGCGGAUUGUUUUGGACUUGCUUUCUUUUUCAAACAGGUUUUGUUGUGAUGAGUUGAAGUCAGCUUGUGAUGCUCAUUUGGCUUCCCUGGUUUGUGAAUUGGAGGAUGCAAUGGUGUUGAUUGACUAUGGAUUGGAGGAGAUGGCUUAUCUUCUAGUGGCAGCUUGUUUGCAGGUGUUUUUGAGAGAGCUUCCCAAUUCGGUGCAUAAUCCUAACAUGAUGAGAUUGUUUUGUAGUUCAGAAGCUAGGCAAAGAUUGGCCAUAGCUGGGCAUUGUUCUUUUGUUUUGUAUUAUUUCUUGAGCCAAAUUGCCAUGGAGGAAGACAUGACAUCCAACACGACGGUAAUGCUCCUAGAGAGGCUGGGAGAGUGUGCUACUGAAAGUUGGGAGAAGCAACUCGCAUUCCACCAGUUGGGGGUUGUGAUGCUUGAGAGGCAGGAACAUAAAGACGCUCAGUGCUGGUUUGAAGCAGCCAUUGAGGCAGGUCAUGUUUAUUCCAUGGUGGGUGUUGCAAGGGCUAAAUACAAGCGUGGCCACAAGUAUGUUGCGUACAAGCAGAUGAACUCGCUCAUUUCAGAGUAUACACCAGUUGGGUGGAUGUAUCAAGAGCGUUCUCUGUAUUGUAUUGGAAAGGAAAAGAUGAUGGAUUUGAAUACUGCUACUCAAUUAGAUCCCACUCUAACUUAUCCAUACAAGUUUAGGGCUGUUUCUCUGAUGGAAGAUAAUCAGAUUGAAUCAGCCAUUAAAGAGAUUGAUAAGAUUAUUGGUUUCAAGGUCACCCCUGAUUGUCUUGAACUGAGGGCUUGGUUUUCAAUUGCCCUAGAGGAUUUUGAAGGAGCUCUGAGAGAUGUCAGGGCACUUUUGACUUUGGAACCGAAUUACAUGAUGUUUCUUGGGAAAUUGCAUGGUGAUCAUCUAGUAGAUCUGCUCCACCCUCUUGUCCAGCAAUGGAGUCAGGCUGAUUGUUGGAUGCAACUGUAUGAUCGAUGGUCCUCUGUGGAUGAUAUUGGUUCUCUAGCUGUUGUACAUCAUAUGUUGGAAAAUGACCCUGGGAAGAGCCUUCUGCGCUUCAGGCAGUCUCUCCUUCUAUUACGGUUGAAUUGUCAAAAGUCUGCAAUGCAUAGUCUGCGAUUGGCUCGUAAUCAUUCUACUUCUGAACAUGAACGGCUUGUGUAUGAAGGAUGGAUAUUGUAUGACACUGGCCAUCGUGAAGAAGCAUUGGCAAAGGCCGAGGAGUCCAUUUCACUUCAAAGAUCAUUUGAAGCCUUUUUCCUAAAGGCUUAUGCUUUAGCAGACUCAAAUCUUGAUUCUGAGUCUUCAACAUAUGUGAUCCAGCUUCUGGAGGAAGCACUUAAAUGCCCUUCAGAUGGCCUUAGAAAAGGACAGGCACUAAAUAAUUUAGGAAGCGUCUACGUAGAUUCUGAUAAGCUGGAUCUUGCUGCUGACUGCUACACAAAUGCACUCAACAUUAAGCAUACACGAGCACAUCAGGGUCUAGCACGAGUAUAUAAUCUUAAAAAUCAGCGCAAAGCUGCAUAUGAUGAGAUGACAAAGCUGAUAGAGAAGGCUCGCAACAAUGCAUCAGCUUAUGAGAAACGUUCAGAAUACUGUGAUCGUGACAUGGCAAAGAGCGAUCUAAGUAUGGCAACACAAUUAGAUCCAUUGAGGACAUAUCCGUACAGAUAUAGGGCAGCAGUUUUGAUGGAUGACCACAAAGAAGCUGAAGCUAUUGAAGAGCUAAGUAAGGUCAUAGCUUUCAAGCCAGAUCUCCAGCUUCUACAUCUUCGAGCAGCAUUCCAUGAAUCGAUGAAUGACUUUGUGUCCACCGUCCGAGACUGUGAAGCAGCCCUCUGUCUUGAUCCCAGCCAUGGCGACACUCAAGAACUCUAUGGUAAAGCACGUGAGCGUGUAAAUGAACAACAAAGGUGAUGAUCACUGACUCAUUGUUCUUUACCUUCUGGAGGCAAUAUGCUGUUGCCACCAUAUUCUUUCAAGGUGCAUAGGGCCUGCAAUUGUCAGCAUAGUUAAUCUCUUGGAUUUUGUCAUUAGAAAGUCCAACUGUAGAUCUCCAUGGCCUUCAAAAUGGAUUUGAAAAACUGGGAGAAAAGAGAGAAUUUGGGGUCAUAAGGAAGGGGAAAUAGAGGAGCAAUGUAGCAUGUAAAUAUGUCAUCUCUUCUUUGAUUGCAUCAAUUUAUAUAUUUAAGUAGCGCACAGACUCGUUGCUGCUACUGUCUCAUUUACUACUCCACAAAAGGCGGGAGCAGGAGUAACCACGACGCAAAAGAAUCUUGUACAUGAUAUUUUGGCUUGUAAUAUGUGAGUGUCUAUCCAAUUUUAGAUGUCUCUGCCAUGUGUGGAUUUUGGCCAAGCACUGCUAUAUGUUGUAAUUUUGCCAUGCUGUUCUCUCAGUUGUUGUGUAAGCUUCACGGUUUUCUGUUAUGACCAACAGAAGAGUUGAAUAUUUUCAUAGAA